GGGAGAGAGAGAGAGAGAGAUAGAGAGAUAGAACAAAGCAGCGACCGCCUACCCCCCCUCCCCUCACUAUCGCCUCCUCUCUUUCUCUCUCUCUUUUUGCCGUUGUCGCGCACGCUCUCUGCAACCGCGCAGGAGGAGAAGAGAGAGAGAUGAAGAGAGAGAAGACGACCGCCCUCCUCUCCUCCUCUACCUCCUCCUCUUCCUCCUACCGAGAGCGCGCCGCCGCCGCCGCCACCCAUGCCGCCACCCCCGACGCCCGCGGCUGCCUCCACUCCAAGAGCAUCGGAUGCAUGUCCGGCCUCUUCCACCUCCUCUCCCGCUACCAGCACCGCCGCAAAUCCCUCACCUACGGUAAAAGGCAGCAGAAGAACGCUGUGGUCUCUCCUCCCGCCAAGGACGGCGCCCCCGCGGCUCUAGUCCCCGCUUUGCUGCGGAAAGGGGCCGCCGGGAACCGCGACGACGGCCCCCCCGCCGCCGCCAAGAGGAUCUCGUGCGAGGUGCCGAGGAGCCCCACCCUGCCGGCGGAGAUCCGGCGGUCGCACCCCCGGAGAGCCGCGCCGCCGCUACCCCCCCCGCUCCCCGCUCAGCCGCGGCCGCAGCAGCCGACGGUGGUGGCCCGCCUGAUGGGGCUCACCGCCGGCGAGGCGCCGGAGUCCGCCGCGGAGAAGAGGCGCGAGCUGCUGGGGGCGCUGGACAAGUGCGACCGGGACCUGAAGGCGCUGAAGAAGAUUAUCGACGUGGUGCGCUCGUCGGAGCAGCUCCGCUCCCCGGUCGGGGCCGCGAAACCGAACGCGAGCUUCGACGCCCGAUUGCAGGAGCUGGCGGCGAAGGAGGACGGGGACACCGACCGCGACGGCGACGACGACGACGACGACUCCUCCGGCGACAACGAGAACGGGAACGGCGGCGGCGAGCCGCAGGAGAAGGAGGAGGAGCAGCAGGAGCAGCAGCAGCCGGCGGAGCAGCCGAGUCCGGUGUCCGUGCUGGAGGAGUUCACUCGGUCGACGCUGCUCAGCGGCUACGCCAAGCGACAAUCCAUCGCUCAUCAAACGCGUUCCAACAACUACAUAGCCUGCCACGCAGAAAGACUGGUGCCGCCGCCCCAGAAGAAGAAGCCACUAGAAGAGUUCAACUACAGCAUAUGCCUCCUGGACAGGAUCACCUACGAGCCCUCGCUGGCCCGGGCAAGGAUCGACGAGAGCCGGGUUCCGGCAGCGGCAUCGCCGCCACCAUCGUGGAUCAGCGAGGCCAUGAGGCAGAGCGUGGAGCAGGUGUGCAAGGACAUAGCCUGGGGCCAGAGGAGGGAGGUGGGAAGGAUAGGCUUGGCCCUGCACGACCACAUCUGUAGGGACUUGAUAGAGGAGAUGGUUAGGGAGAUGGGGUAUGGGGGCAUCGCGAGCUCCCUCCCUUUCGAGGCUUGUAAACGAAGACUCCGUCUCUAGCGCGCUGUAACCGAUCUUCCUUCAUUUUAUCUUCUCUCGGGCACGAAGAUGAUUGUCAUUUUGUGAUUGAAGAAGCAAGAAUUAGGGAGCAGUCACAGGCUUUCCUGAGCUUUGCUUUCCGUAGCCUGACUAGCGCUUACGGUGAUAUUAGAUCAGCACGAUUGAUUUGACCAUGUUUUUUUCUUCCCCCACCAUGUAAAAAAAAGCACUAGUUUUUCCAUCAAGUUUGAGAAGGGUUUGUGUA